CGGGAGCGGUUGUCCUAGCAAUAUCACUCUGAGUAGUCGAGAGAGCGGGUAGGAAGAAUGAUUUGAUUAUGCUAACCGAGAAGGACCAGCUCGUAUCGACUGACGAGGAGAAGAUCAAGACAGUAGGGCGAAUGACGAAUGUCGCGUUCCGAUUGGGAAAAGUGCGUGCUUUAGCAGAUGUUGUGGUGCUGGAUGUGAAUACGUAUGACGUUCUUUUCGCGCUUUGUGCAUUGGUGGCGCUGCGUGCUAAUUUAGACUUCGAACGCCGAUCCGUCAUUCUCCGGAAUAUCGGGGGAAAGUCGUAUGUAAUACCCAUCAUACUAGCUCUUCGAACAUCGGUUAAGGUGUACUCGGACACGUUUUACGGACACGCGCAGCACAUCGAAUGGACGUUGGGUGCGUUGAGAGAUGCAGGUUUCAAGAUUGCGCUGGAAAAGAGCGAGUUCUUCCUCCCGGAAAUCUCGUUCUUGGGGUAUGUGGUGACACGAGGAGGCCUACGGCCGGACUCUCGAAAAGUUGCGGCGGUCAAAGAGGCCCCUGUUCCGAUUUCACUGACGCAGGUUCGAGCCUUCUUGGGCCUGGCCUCGUAUUUGCGUCCAGGCUGUCGGAGGCUUCUCACCCAGGAGCUUACGGUCCCAAUUGCGCAGCUGGCCGACGGUCUUGACGUAAGCAUUGUCUCCCAUGUCGACCCGCGCUUGGUGCCCCACGUCACCUCGCGCACGCUGUCGCCGUAUCUUCAGUGGUCAACUUGUGUGGAGGGCUUCCCAUCGAGAAUUCCGCCUUCACGGCUAAAUUAUUUGGAUCCGCGCGACAUCGUGGAUCCCGCUUUCUACAGACCGCCGUACGAGGACGAAUUUGAGGAGAUAAUCCGCGAGGAGCUCGCGGAAGAAAGUUCGGAGGAAGAGGAGGAAAAUCUGAAUGAAGACGAAGGGGAGCCGGCACAAUAGCGAGAAGGAGACGAAGAAGAGCUCCUGCAAACRGAGAGCG